CUGAUUUCCAGUGAGCAGUUUUAGUUUUACUAAUCUUUAAUCUUUUGUGUAUUUGGUGAUUUUGGUGUUUAACUGCUAAUAAUAAUUAUCUAAUGUCUUUGAACUCUAUAAAUUAUUCAUUUUUUUAUAAUUAUAUAAUCUAAUUUAUUUCCAUUUAUAAUCGAAAUCUUUCUUAGAACUUUCUCAUUGUGACAACUGGAUGUAAUAUUAGACAUUACUUCUUUAUCUAUUAAAAUGACGUGCAAUUAUUAAAUUCAAGUGCAAAGUGCAAAAAUAGGUUAUAAUAAAUUUAAUUCAAUAUUGGUUGAAAUAACUAUAAUUUGAUAUUCAGAUUAAAAACAUAAUUAAUUAGAUUGGAAUCAAAAUUAACACAUCAUUAUGUCUGAAAUCACAAACGAUGUUGAAUUUCCGGUUUGGAGCCUUUUACCAAAAAAAGAAACUGGGGUAGUGUCAUUUCUUUCCAAAUAUCCCCAGUAUGAUGGCAGAGGAAUAGUCAUAGCGAUUUUAGAUUCUGGAAUAGAUCCUGGAGCUCCUGGAUUAAAGGAAACAUCUGAUGGCAAAGUGAAAGUUAUAGAACGGUUUGACUGCAGUGGUUGUGGAGAUGUAAAUACAACUACAAAAGUGAUACCUGUUGACGGAGUUAUUACGACAUUGACUGGUAGAAAAUUAAAAAUACCAAAUUCAUGGAACAAUCCCAAUAAUAUCUACAGGUUAGGUGUUAAGCACGCUUUUGAUCUUUACCCAGAUAGACUUAAGGACCGUGUCAAAUCUGAAUAUAAAAAGAAAAACUGGGAAGAGGGACACAGGAAAAAUGUCAGUGCAGCUCUUAGAGAAAUAGUUAAUUUUGAAUCGAAACAAACUAAUAAAAAUUUAGGUGAAUCGGAGAAAUUAGAAAAAGAAAAUUUAGAUGCCAAACAGGACAUUCUAAAUAGUUUCGAUAAGAAAUACAAUGACAUUGGGCCGGUAUACGACUGUAUUUUGUUCCAUAAUGGAGAACAUUGGGUAUGCUGUGUUGACACUUCCGAUGAUGGCAAUUUAUCAAAUUGUCAAUUACUUGGAGAAUACAGCAUCACUAAGAAUUAUGCUCCUCUUACCGACUUAGAUAAUUUGAAUUUUAGCAUAAAUGUUCACGAAGAUGGAGAUGUUCUGGAAUUAGUUGGAGUUUGUUCCAGUCAUGGUACUCAUGUUGCUUCAAUAGCGUCUGGAUAUUUCCCCGAAUCCCCAGAAGAAAAUGGCGUCGCACCAGGUGCACAGAUUGUAUCUUUGACAAUAGGAGACGGCAGAUUGGGUUCUAUGGAAACAGGAACUGCUUUAAUAAGAGCAAUGAUCAAAAUAAUCGAACUGAAGAAAAUAAUGGAUAUUCACGUUAUAAAUAUGAGCUAUGGCGAACAUGCGCAUUGGGUUGACACAGGAAGAAUAGGUGAUUUAAUAAACGAAAUCGUAAACAAAUAUGGCGUUACCUGGGUGUCUUCUGCUGGUAAUCAUGGUCCAGCUUUAAAUACCAUCAGUACCCCUUCAGAUAUAUUUAACGAGCCAAUUAUUAGUAUAGGAGCAUAUGUAUCACCUGAAAUGAUGGUAGCAGAGUAUGCAAUGAGACAGAAGUUACCAGGUACUCCAUACACUUGGUCGUCUAGGGGCCCCACUCUCGACGGCGGAAUCGGAGUUCACGUUUGUGCUCCAGGAGGAGCGAUAACGUCGGUGCCCAAUUUUACUUUGAGAUACUCUCAGUUGAUGAACGGCACAUCGAUGGCUUCGCCUCAUGCUGCGGGUGUAGUGUGCUUGCUGUUAUCAGGACUUUUGCAACGUAACUUGCAUUUUUCGCCUUAUAUAGUACGCAGGGCUCUAGAAAACACCGCCAAGUUCUUAGACGGCGUCGAAGUGCCUGCACAAGGCAGUGGUUUGAUUCAGAUCGAAAAAGCUUUUGAAUACCUGAUUAGUUAUAAUAGCGCAGACGAUAGAGAUGUUAGAUUUCAAAUCCAGUGUGGAUCCGGAAAUUGUAAAGGCAUCUACAUUCGUUCAAAGCCUCAUUCUACCUCACAAUCUUUCAAAAUUUCCAUUGAACCACAUUUUUUAAAUUCUGACGAGGUCAUAGCCGAAAAAAAAAUUUACUACAAUCAGAAGUUCGUUUUAUCCUGCGACGCGACAUACAUUAGCUAUCCAUCACAUUUGGACCUGUCGAAUGUAGCUAGGAUGUUCGCUAUUAAAAUCGACACUGAUGGUUUAGCUGAAGGAUUGCAUUCUACCUUCUUGAAUGGAUACGAUGUUAAAUGUAUAGAAAAAGGACCUAUCUUCAAGGUACCGAUAACCAUUGUGCAACCCAAAGAAGUUAAGGAGCCUAAAUAUCAAGCAACUUACAGUAGAGUUAACUUUAAACCUAAUACUAUAAAGAGACAUUACUAUACUGUGCCUCAAAAUGCAACAUGGGCUGUUCUAAAACUUACUUCAGAUGAAGAUACUGGAAGAUUUGUGAUACACGGAUCUCAGUUAGUUCCUAGGCAAUAUUGUAAAUCAUUAGAAAUCAAUAAAACCAUAGCGGUUACAUCAAAGUCUGACGUUCUAUUGGGUUUUCCCGUCAAGUCGGAUCUGAUUCUUGAGUUAGUCAUCGCUAAAUACUGGGCUAAUAUUGGGGAAUCAAAUCUGGAUUACAGUAUUUCGUUUUACGGAGUCAAACCUUGUCAACCAUCUAUCACCAUGCAUGCUGCUGAUGGAAUCCACAGUGUGGAAAUCAAAACACUUCAAGGGGAAGACAUAGCACCUUCUAUUACUCUUAAAAACUCCGUCCUAAUAAUAAAGCCUUCAGAAGCCAAAAUAUCACCCUUGACUUCCAGAGACAUAAUACCGCCUGGUCGACAAAUUUACGAGUUAAUGCUGGUAUAUAAUUUUAAUUUGACCAAACCAGCUGAAGUGUCUCCAAAUUUGGCUUUAUUGAGUAACAUGCUGUAUGAAUCAGAAUAUGAAUCUCAAUUUUGGAUGCUUUACGAUUCCAAUAAACAACUUUUGGGCUGUGGUGACGCAUAUCCGGAAAAGUAUACAAUAAAAUUAGAAAAAGGAGAUUACAGUGUAAGACUGCAAGUUAGGCAUGAUAAAAAGGAUUAUUUGGAUAAAAUAAACGAAGCACCUUUAUUGUUAUUACAAAAAUUAAAUGCCAAUAUUACUAUGGAUACGUACUUGUCUUAUUCUCAAGCUCUCGUUGGAGGGAAGAAAACUGGAGUGACUAAUAACAGUAAUCCACAUGUUCCUAUUCCGCUAUACAUAGCUCCCUUAGCUCCCGAAAAGUAUUCCCUAAAGUCUAACAAUUUCGCACAUUAUUUAACUGGUACCAUAACGUAUGCUAAAGACGAAUACGGCAAAAAAGCCGAUGUAUAUCCAUUUAAGUAUAUUUUGUAUGAUCUCACUCCAAAAAAGUCCUCUAAUGGAGGAAAUCCCGAAAAAUCCAAGUUAGAAGAAUGCAAAGAAGCAAUCAGAGAUGUCAGAACACAGAGCUUAGCAAAAAUGGAUGUAGUCUCGGCAAAUGCAAUAUACGAGGAGUUGAUAAAAGACUACCCAGAGCAUUUUCUUGUAUAUUCAGCUUAUCUUCAAGUUAUAGAUCCUUUAGAUAAACGUAUUUUGCCUGGCUUCAAAAAACAAAACUCCUCAGUGGAAGAGCUCAAUAAAGUGUUGAAUAUUUGUAAUAAGGUUCUCUGCAAUAUCAACCCAGAAUCACUUCUAGUUUUUAUGGCAACUAAGGUGGAUUUGAGGCCAGAUGCUACCAAAAUUAAAAGUUCCAUGGAACAACAAAAGAAUAUUUUCAUCGAAUGUUUGGCUAGGAAAGGUAUCGCAUUAUGUCGCUUAAUUGAUGAAAAAAAGGAAAUCCAAGACACAAACAAAGAAGAUAUUUCAAAUACAUGGAAAACAUUGGUCAAAUUUGUGGAUCCAACAGAUGCAAAAGUAUUAACAAGCCACGUAUUAUAUUUCGCAAUUUGGCACGCAUUUAUUUACAACCAUUUGGGACGAUUGCUAAAAUACGUAUUGAAAGUGCAGGAGGACAAGCCUAGUGAAGAUGUAGAAAAGAAGAUCAUCGAGUAUUGUAAGGAACUGCAAUGGGAUCAUGUUGUUAAACAUUUACAAAGAAAUUUGCCUUCAAAGUUUCCUUCUUCUUACAAGCCUUUCUGAUUUGUUUUCAAUCAUGUAUUUCAAAGUAAAAGUCUAUUAUAUACGGGUAUUAAUGUAUCUGAAAAGCUUACAUUUGUAUCCACCGAUUUAUAUUUCAAUUGAAAAUAUGUUACGGGUAAUCCGUGUACCUAUUUUAUUAAGUAUUAAUUUAUAUUUUAUUUUGCAUCUGAAUAAUUUAAUUUAAUAAGAAAUAUAUCUAUUAUUAGUCUUUUUUUUACUAAAGGUCAAUUUCACAAUAAAUAUAAAGAAUAUUUUAAUCAAUCAUAAAAA